AUGAUGGAGUCAAAACUUUGUAUUCUCGCGGGGAAUUAUUCCAGAGCAGAAGAACAUGCAGGUAAAGCUCUCAAUAUGGCAAUACAGUAUGGAUUUGAAUUAGAAAUUGGCCCAGCCCAAAAUCAGAUCGAUCGAUGUGUCUCCAGAGCAUCACAAGCUAAGCUACAGGUUUAAAAUAUUGCCAGCAGGUACGCCUGCAAUUCUACCACCAUGACGGAUUCGGCUCAGAGCGCGUCCAGAUCUGACUAAUCUUCAUAGCGCCUGUCAUACGAUGUAGAUUGUGGCAAGUUGAACUAGCAGGUCUUUAAAUAAGCAAAAUUUGAGUUUUACACUUUUCUAUAUCACUGAGGGGUAUCACUCACGCAAACUUUUGUAUUUUUUGUUACACAAAAAGGAAAAGAACAAAAAAAAAACUUCAUACUCGCAACUGUUUGAGCAAAAUUGCAUAAGGGACCCAUCCUUAUUCAUUGCCUGGGGGAGGCAGAGGAAAUCUAGAAGGAUUUCGAUUGUGUUACAGUAAAAAUUUACCUUAUCCCCCAAAGGGUCUGACGUAUUCUUGUGAUCCUCUCUUACUGGCUGUCGAUUUUCUAUACUAUUCUCUUUAUACUCUGCUGGCGACGACAGAUCACCCCUCCAUUCCCCCUGAAAAACCAUGUUCCCCAUCCCCCCCUCCCAAAAAAAAAAUCCUUCGACCACCCAACCCCUCCCCACUGGCGAUAAUUCAUGAAUGGUUCCUUAGGACUAAUGGCGUAAUUAUGAAGAGUUAAAUAGUUUUCAGAACAGUUUGCUGAACGUUAUCUAAUUAUUACACAAAAUUGUUUUUGAAUUUUCCUUCGAUUUUUUUACUAAACAAAAAAUAAAUAGGUUUUUUUGUCAUUGACCCGUGAUGAAUCAAGAAUAUUUUUUUGUGGCCUUUGUUAAUAGUGUUUUAUUACAAAAAUAUUGGAGAAAUACAGAACUCAAUCAUUUUAAUAAAAGUAGAAUUAUCUUUAAAAGAGGCGUUCAUGUUUAUAAGAUAAACAUAAAUAAUUCAACCAUUAUGUCAUGUUGAAUCAAAUACUUUUAACAUUUUGAGGCUUUUAUAAAUAUUUCAUUGACGCAUUGUUGACAAAAUACAGAAUCUACUUAUUUUUUGUCUUGUUUAGGGAGGAGGGGUUGAAUUAUUUUCACAAGAGACGUACAUUUUAGUCAAAACUAUCAGGUUAAUUCAAUCAUUGGCUAAAUGUAAAUCAAAAAUCUUUCUUUGCUGGCUUUGUAAAUAUGAUUUUAUUAUUUAGAAAGUUGAUAAAAAAUAGAAUUCAAAUAUUAAUGUUAUGUGUAAUUACCGAUACAAGAUACAUAUAUGGUUAUAUCUCCUAACCAACCAGGCCACCUCAGUCCCUUAGCUCACGCUGAAGGAAAAAAGUUACAUAUUUGUGGCUUUUGUAAAUAAUAUUUCAUAACUAACAAUAUUGAUGUUUCAGAGAAUCCAACUGGACUUUUGUGGAAUUAUCUUUACGAGAGAAAUAUGUGUUUUAUACGUGAAAACAGCCAGGCCAAUUUAAUCAUUAGCUGAUGUUAAAUAAAAAUCUUUAUCUGUAGAUAAUCAGGAAACCCCAAGAAUCAAUUUUCAGACUAAGGUAACUAAUGUUCCAUGGACAUUUUCCUAUGGUCUUCCGCAGGGAACUUUGUUCAAGCAAGCUCCUCUCUUUUAAAGACGGGGACUGUGCACAAAUAGUGCAAGGGUGAGAGGCUGAAGGAGGAGGUUUAAUUCCUGGUUAUGGGACAAUGGGAAUGGGGUCGACUUUUCACGACUGGAUUGAUUAUAAUUGGGUCGCUUUUUAAAUAAAGUUUCUAAAAUGAAGUCACACAAUUUCGGGAUUUUUGGAGUAAGAAAAUUCUGGUAAGUAGGAGUUUAAAAAUGGCUUACAUUAAGAAAAAGCUUUAUAAAGUAGCUAGAUGCAUAAACAAAAAAUUUGCUGAAUUUGGAUCACGAAAAUUAAAUUUGCCCAAAAGUGACUAAGAUAAGGUCUAUUAUUGACCACAGAAUAGACUAAAAUUGGAUAGGUGUUCUGGGAAGCCAGCUGCUUCACAACCAGCAAAAGUUGACCCAAGUACCCCCUUCCCCUCCCCUGCAUGAAAGGAAAUUAAAGUGCUUUUAACCUCAAAACAGAAACAAAAGCUUCAAAUUAAAGACCUAAUAAUAUAAUAAUAUAGAUAAGUAUAAUAACACACAUUUCACAAAUUUAGGGUUGAUGCAACAGUGUUGCAUCACAACUAAGUUGACUGCAACAUAUCAAAUAAUGGUGUCGAAGAAAGACUGGAAGUGAACGCACUCAUGAAAUGUUAGGAUUAAAUUUAACCCACGAUCUUUGCCUUAAAUUUGGUUCUUCUUUAAAGUUUUGCAGUAAACAUCUUUUAAAAGUAACAGUGUGCUAACAUAAUAACAAUUAAUCUGACGGUUUGAUCGAAUCACAAUCACAAAAUGCAAAAUUACUUACUUGCAGCCAAUUUUUAGCUCAAUAUAAAAGCGAUUGAGUUGUGAGUGAUUGGCCAGUCUUAUCAAAAGUGUGUAAAACAACGGCCCAAAUGGGCCAAAUGCAGAAAAUUAUCACCAUACCAUUAUAAAAAUUUCCCCCAUUUUCACUUUCGAUUCAAAUAACUCAACCGUUGAUCACUUUUGUUACCAGUUACCUUACGCAGUUAAGGUAAAUACAAAAAUAACCCUGUGACGUCAAAGAAAAAAAAAUGGCGGCGGGUUUCCGACCUCACUCACCGGCGCAAAUCAGUAAAUAUUCAAUCAGUUUUGACAAUUCCAAAAUUGAAACCCUGGUAAUUGGUGAUCACAACACCGUGAAUGACAACCGUUCUGGAAAUUCGACACCUUCUCAAGAAUCCUCACCAAUCCGUGAUGACGGCGAGUCGUCGGUUACGAACACGACUUUGAGCAAUCUUUCAAGAAACAGUGAUGAAGAUACCGUUUCUGGGAAUCGGGAUAACCAGUUACAGCAAUCGAGGGGAGGAUUUCACCCAAUUUGGAGCAAACUAGAAGUAUGCGCAAGAUGUUUCUAAUGGUUUGCAUACGAGUUAGACAGUGGCAGUUUUGAGAACUUCACUAUGCAUUUCACCAUGCAUUGUCCCCGCGGAUAGUGUAGUAAUGGCAAGCAAGAGCAAUGCAGAACUGUACUUUUUCAUCCUGGUCGAAAAGAAAGACAUAGCUUGCAGUGAGAAGAUGUCUUAUACUGAUACAAUAGUGAUGGAAGCUUUGGAGCCGGUUGUAUAUUGUUGUUUUGACCGAACGCACAAUGUCACUUGCUGGGUUCGAAUAAAAUAUUUCUGCACUUGAUGCGAGCGCUUUGCUUCUGCAUAAUUAUGAUAAGCUAUCUCGUAUUUUUUCAUGUAUAUUAUUAAGACGUAAGCACAUGAUUUUUCUCGAGAAAUUUGGUGUAAAUAAGCACUUGUAAAUUUAAACUUAAGACCACAAAAUGCAAUUUUGUUAGUCUGUGAAAAAAUAUUAGAGAAAUAAGGCUUCAAAAUCUUACAAUGUAACUAAAAACAUUAAAUCUGAGAAUUACGUAAGCUUAAGAGUCAUUUCGUUUCCUAAAGCUUUUGUGAAUGAUCUUCUAAUCUGUAAUAUCAAUCGUGAGAAGUGGAUAAAUGAAAACAUAGAGGAAUUACCAAAAUAUGCGAUUGAAUCAAUCGGGCGUGAAAUUCCGCCUAAUACAGGCGCCAAUGCGACUAAAUUUUUCACUUUGGCGACCAAAUCCUGAAAGUUAGUCGCCAAAUUGGCGACUAGAACGUUUCAUCAUAACCUUACCAAGAGAUAUAGUGAAUUAAAAAGAUUUGCAAAGAUAAAUCCGCGGCAAACUUCCUCGUUAAGUUUGUUUCUAAAACGUAGCACGUGCUUCUCGAUUGGUAACUAGACGCCAUCUUGGAUUUAGAUGAGCCUAAACGUUGUAUAUCAUCCAUCCUAGUGUCCACUUUGUAGCACGUUAAAGAUCUUUUCCGUAACUUAAUUUUGGAGGGUCUAUCUAGAACGCUGACAGCGUAAAGAAAGAUUUUGUUUGUCUUUGAAAAUGGCGACUAACUUUUUUUGAAUUGGCUACCACUUUGAAGAAUUUAGGAGCCAAGUGGCUAUCAGAAAAAAAAGUUAAUUUCACGCCCUGUUGAUGUGACCAGCUAAGGAAUACUUCACUCAAGCAACAUCCAGACAAGACCUCUACACACGAUGCUAUCAACGGAGAAAGGAUUUUGUGAAUUUCAAGUUCACCUAACAGUAGUUAAUUGCAUAUUAUGGCAAUAAUGACACAAAGGUUAACUUUCAUGGGACUAAUUCCAAUUAGCUCCUCUCAUUGCCAGAGUGUAUUGAAAUACCUUUACAAAAGUCAAGUGUCAUCCUCAAACUCAGGACAAUGCAGGGCAUCCACGUUUCAGUGUCACAUAAUUGUUAAUUGUUAAACGUGAAAAGAGAAAAAAUAAAGAAACAACGUAUUUCCUAGAAUUUUCUUGCCUCCAAGGUAUACCUCUAACAGGGAUUAGAGACUUACCUCUAAAGUUGACCAGGUCCCCAUGCUGUGUUCUUAUGAAGUUACACAGUCAUGAGGCUCAAGUGUUUCACUCCACUUAGAAGUAUAAAUUUUAUAAUGAGUUUAACCCUUAUUGGGAAUGAAAGUUUAAAAAACUGUUAGGCAAGCCUGGCAAAUAUUUGAAGCUUAAUAUUAUAUUAAGGAGGAGUAGCAGUUUUUUCUAGUAAUAAUAUCAUAACCAGUACAAUUUCCUCAGCUGUGAUUGGUGCAUUAGCUGCUUUACUUUUCACCAGUUAUUUUAUAAGAAACUGUUAAGGAAACCUGGCAAACACUUGAAGCUUAAUAUUGUAAUGGUUUGGAAUGCAAUUUAGGGAGGAGUAGCAGUUUUUUCCUGUAAUAAUAUCAUAACCAGUACAAUUUCCUCAGCUGUGGUUGGUGCAUUAGCUGCUUUACUUUUCACCAGUUAUUUUAUAGAAAUGUGAUUGGACAGUGAAAUCCGAUAGUUGGCUUUUAUCGGACAGUUAAAGCAGCCAAUCAUACUAUAUCUGCUCAGUUAAAUUCACUAAUCACAUAAUUGCUUUCAAUAACCAUGGCAACAAGCAUUUACCCAACCAAAGUGGGGCACUUCCAAAAUUGAGGACUUUUAUAGUUUAGACAAUGUCUCUAUUGAAAAUAUUUUCUUGAAAAUUAAACAUGGUUAUGAUUAAUUGGUAAGAGAACUCUGUGUUGUCCAAUUUGGUCUGUAAUCAUACAUGUGAAUUACAUUCACCAGACUCCUGCUUUUUGGUCAUCCAAUUUUGUAAAUCACUUGUCCUAUUACCAUAAUUAAUCCUAGGGGAUAAGCACCAGCAGCAAGGGCCAAGCUUCUACAGUGCAGGCAGCUAGCAGUACUUGGUUAAUGUUUUUCUUUGGGUUCCAGGCUUUCUGCAGAAAUCUUUCAAUUAAUUUUUCUUUGUUGCCACAUAUGUCUUCAAAUAUUCAUGUUCCUCUGCAGCUUCAAUUCCAUUUUGCAAUUGCAAAUAAAAAGUAUAUUAAUUUUAUGAAUGAAAAAAGGAACGACUUGGGAAGAAAGGGAUAACACAAAAUAUAUUUUGUUCCCCCUGUCAACAUAUUAAGUUUUAUUAGCAUUCAUUUGAACUUAACUAGGCAAUUGGUAUUAUUGUCUCAUAAAAAAAGAAUGUGUGCCAAUUCGUGUAUAAGCAAAUACUCUUGCUACUAAGAAAUGGGAAAAAAAAAUUUGUUUUUAUCAAGUUAGACAGGUCAUUUAGUACCUGUACCCUGCUGACCAGUAUGUCAGAGUUGGCUCUCAAGCAUUGAGAAUGAGUAUGAUUGAUAAAAAAUAUAGGGUUCCUAGCUGGGUGCUUGCCAUGAAAAUGAACCACCUCUAAAUACCAAGUGAAAUAAGAUGCAUUUGGACACUUCUGGUGACACAAGAUCAAUCCUAGACCAUGUGCCUAUGCACACCAAUUAUAACUUCUUGUUUGCUUUUGUCUAUUUUCUUUUUCAACUCUGAUUAUUGGGAGUGGUCUAAAUAGGCUGCAGAAAUGAUAGAAAACGCAUCUACAAGUACAUCUAAUUUAACACUCAUUCUAUUACCAAUUGCCUAACAUGAGUUUUAAGCCUCAGAUUAGAGAUUAAAAAUGUUUGAAACACCAGUAGUGCUGAUCCAUGUUUUACAACCAUAGAAAGAUGAGAAAACACUCCCUCAAACUCAGUUUAGGACCUUGAUAGAAAAGUCACUGUUUCAUACUGUAGCCUUCCCAUCAGGGGUGGGGGGAGAGGUUUACCUCUUCCCCAUUCCCCCUCUUCCUCCUUCCCUCCGUUGUUUUUAAAUUGCUUUUUGGUCUCUUUUGCCCUGAUGUAACUCAAGCAAAUCCCUCCUAGCUUGAAAUGAAAUGGAAAAAAAAAAGACUGGUCAAUCAGCUGAGGUCAUUAAUUUUCAUAAUAUACCAUUCACUGCCAAAAGAAAGGGUAAUUUUGAAAGCAAGUGCCAUCUUAAACUGACACCUAUGGGUUUCAAACAACUUUACCUAAAUGUCCCAUUUAAAGUGACAUUACCCUUGAAAUUUUCCCACACAAGCACUCAACAGGACUUUAUGGGAAAACUCAAAUGUAUAUAAACAGCACACUUGCCACGAAAAACAGAUAUUUUCGAUACCACAUCGGUUUGACGUUAAAACUUGUCCUUGAAAUUUUCGCAAAGAAGGAAGAAGUUGUUAUUCAGCUGAGCCACUUAUUUGACUAUUAGUUAAUAUGUACAUGUAUCACAAACAUAGCACCAACAACAAAUUUCUUGCACUUCAUUUUUACUUGAUUGCGAUAACUAGGUCGUUUCAAUCAUUGAGAACUAUGAAACUUUUUGACAAUUCAGUUUUUGGAAUUUUAGAAAGCAACAAUCCAAAAAUUUUAAAAAACUACUUUCUGACUUCCAUGAUCAGAGAAGGUCUCUACUACUUAAGUUAUAAUGUACUUGUAGUAAAUGUAAUAUCAACCAAAUACAAAUGUGUAUUUGGUUGAUACAAACAUAGUUUUUGUUGAUUAAUUAUUACAUAACUAAUUCGCAUUUGGAAAAACCGAAUAUUAGAGAAAUAAGAUUUCAAAAUCUGACAAUGUAACUAAACACAUCCAUUCUGAGGAUUAAGUAAGCUUAAGAGUCACUUCGUUUCUUAAAGCUUUUAUAGAUGAACUUCCAAACUGUAAUAUCACUCGUGUAAAGUUGAUAGAUGAAAACAUGGAGGAAUUACAAAAAUAUGUAAUUGAUAUGACCAUCUCAGGAAUACCUCACUCGAGCAACAACCAGACAAGACUUCGACAAAAGUUCCUUUCAGUGGAGGAAGGAUUUUGUGAAUUUCAAGUCUACAUAACAGCAGUUAAUUGCAUUUUAUAGUAAUAACGACACAGAGGUUACCUUUCAUUAGACUCAUUCCAAUUAGCUCCCCUCAUUGCCAGAGUGCAUUGAAAUAUCUUUACAAAAGUCAGGUGUCAUCCUCAAACUCAGGACAAUGCAGGAUAUCCAUGUUUCAGUGUCACGUAAUUGUGAAUUGUUGGGGUUACGGGCAAGAAGUAGAGAGACCAGGGCAACGAGAAUUUCUAUUCAAAACGUUACCUUACUUGAGCAGAAUUUAUAAAAGAAUUUACCAAAUAACAUUCGCUUCAAUAUUUUGUAGUCUGAGAACUUUGCAUGGGUUGUUUCAUAAAAUUCAAUGCAAAAUCUCCCUAACAAUGGGAUUGUUGCAUUGCCAAAUGAUCGGAUGCAACUGCAUAACAAAGAUUCACACUCAACACUUCCUAGACGAUACAAGCUAUGUUUGCACAUAUUGGACAAUUUGAUGAGCACUAUAAAGCCAAAAGUUCAAAACAAUGAAAACCGCCAACAUUGUAGUUAAAGUUUUCUCCGUUUGCUCACUCUAUUUUCCAAGCUGCCGCAAAUUUCGUGGACUCAACAAUUACCUCCACUCUGCCUCCGCGCCGCGGGGCGCCAGAAAAAGAAACGUGAAAAGAGAAAAAAGAAAGAAACGACGUAUUUCCUACUAGAGAGUCCACGAACAAUUAGAAAUGCUUAUGUCCAGUUUCUUGGAUAAAGAAAUGUUUACCUUCCCGAAGAAAAUAAUUAGGUAACGCCAUGCACAGUAAUGUUUCCUUUCCCCUGUGACUUUGAGUAUAAAUACACAUUCAUUGGUCAUGUUCAGCACACCAUAACAAAAACACAUUACGGAUUGGUUACCCGCAUCAUGACGUAAUCAUUUGACUCCACUCGCGAUCUUCGCUUUUAAAUGACAAUCGCUCAAUAUGGAUCAGUUCUAAUUUAUGUUGGAGUGCUAAAAUCGCGCUUACUUUUCUCUCUCUUACCUCACAUGGGAAGUAAUAAACAGUAAUAUACAGUCCACCUACCAUGGGAAAUGUUUUGAGUUUAUUGUCCUGCUUUGGUAGAAGACGGGAAAACGCACUCAACCGGAAUCAGAGAGGAAGCAGAGGUGAGGCCUUGAAUGGAACAGCUAACGCACAGAAAAAAAACACGAACGCCAACAUAAACAUUUGCAGUGCACGAUUCGUUAACAUCGGUAACGAAAACACGAUCAACAUACAAGCAACAGGAUUUGACGCUAUUUCGGUUGUUUAUGCUACUGAAGAGCAAGGGAAGCAGACCUCCAUUAACCAAGAACGUCAAGUAAGCUCACCUGCAAAUAAAAACAUCAUAUCCGAUAUGGUUCUUCUCGGGGAAGGAAACAAAAUAUAUCUAUCGAACAUAGAUCAAAUGAUCCUCGUUGACUUGCAAGGAAACGUUACGCAGGUGUUUCCUCUUGUACCUGAAAUCCUUCAACUGCCACUGCGCGAAGUUGAUUCACGCAGUCAAAGAUUGUUCGAAGUAAUGGUCGAAAUAAUCAAUAUUUUGUAUCCUCUGCGCGACAGAGGGAAAUGGCAAGAAUUUGAAUACGCUUUGGGGAAGUUAAAUUUCAAAUACAAUUUAUAUUCUGAGAUUCAAUGUUUUCUCUUGAUAGAAGAUGGUGUGCGGUUAACGUAUCAAAAACAACUAGAAAAAGCGAAAAAAUUGGCAAAAGCAGCUGUAAGCAUCAUAGACAAUAGUGAACUCAAUGAAGCGUUGCGAAAUGUUUUAAGAGUUCUUGCAAAUGUUGCUUCGGCAAGCAUAUUUCGACGCCAGCCCAAGAGGAAACUAGGCAAAGCGUUUAAAUGCUUGGAGAAAGCUAAGGAAAGUGCAGUGAAGCUGAAAGGCUUGAAUUUAACCAUACCCAAGUUUGCUGUAGCUAUUCUCACCCAUGAACAAGCGCGCUGUAACAUGGAAUUUGCCAAAAUUAAAUCCAAAGAGUGUAUCCGAGCAGAGGCACAAAGGUUCUUUGGCCUUUCUAUAGACCGGUUCAGAGAUCUAUCAAGUGAAAAUUUGUACUCGGCGAGACAAUGCUUUGCGCUAAUCUAUCUGGCAAGUUUAGCCCUACCUUCAAGUAUGGCCACAUCCCAAGAGGGCAAUCGUCAGAUCAUUCCCAAGAAGGAUUCAUCAAGAGCUCAAAAGCUUCUCUGUGAAUUUGACAGAAGUACCCAGCUUCUCGGUGAAAUUCCGAUUGCUGCAGGAAUAAAACACGCCAUUACAAGAUCGGAACUUUGCUUCCUCAAGAGGAAUUACUCCAAGGCUAGAGAGUAUGGAUGUCAAGCUUUGCAAAUUGCACAGGAAUAUGGAUUUGAGUUAGAAACAGUCCUUGCUCAAAAAAAUCUGAACCAAAUCUGUCGAUACUCAGCCUAUCGUAUUCCUAAAACAACAACAUCGAAGCUACAGGAAAAAGCAACCUCUAGUAACUACACGUGUAGUUCCACAGAUUCUGAUCAAAGAUUAUCAUAA